GCUGCUCGGGAGUUGUAGUUCCGCGCCCAGCGCGACAUGGCGGCGCCGCGGGCUCUGGCGGUUCUCGCUGCCGCGCUGCUUCUGGCCGCUGCCUCCCAGGCCGGCAAGUACUCCCGGGAGGCCAACGAGGGGUUGGCGGCCGCCGGCGCCAAGCGGCGGGAAGCCGGGGAGUUCCGUGUGGUGAGGCUGAACCAGGUCUGGGAGAAGGCGCAGCGGCUUCAGCUCUCUGCUGUGAAACUGGCAGAGCUGCACAGUGAUCUAAAAAUACAAGAAAAGGAUGAGCUAAGUUGGAAAAAACUGAAGGCUGAAGGGCUAGAUGAAGAUGGAGAGAAGGAAGCCAAACUUAGACGCAACUUAAAUGUCAUUAUGACUAAAUAUGGAAUGAAUGGAAAGAAGGACUCUCAACUAGUUGAUACUAACUACAUUAAAGGUGGUACAGAAAGUGAUAUACUAGAUGAUCCAAGACUGGAAAAAUUAUGGAGCAAGGCCAAGUCCUCUGGGAAGUUCUCUGAUGAAGAGCUGGAUAAGCUUUGGCGAGAAUUUAAGCAUCACAAAGAAAAGAUCCAUGAAUACAAUAUUCUGCUGGAGACUGUGAGCAGAACAGAAGAUAUCCACAAAAAUGUUAUUAACCCUGAAGAGAACCUGGUGAAAGAGGAAAUCUUGCACAACAAACACAGAGAACUCAAAGAAAAGCUAAGAAGCAUCAAUCAGGGGUUUGAGCGUUUGCGUAAAGUCAGUCACCAGGGAUAUGACGCAACCAGUGAAUUUGAAGAACCAAGAGUGAUUGAUUUGUGGGACAUGGCCAAAUCAGCCAAUUUCACGGAGAAAGAACUUGAAUCUUUUCGGGAGGAGCUGAAACACUUCGAAGCAAAAAUUGAAAAACACCAUCAUUAUCAGAAACAGUUAGAGAUUUCACACCAGAAACUGAAGCACAUAGAGGGAACUGGAGAUAAGGAUCAUCUGAACAGAAACAAAGAGAAAUACACCAUGCUGGAAGAAAAGACAAAAGAACUAGGAUAUAAGGUAAAGAAGCACUUGCAAGACUUAUCCAGCAGAAUCUCUCAAGGUCUUCAACACAAUGAAUUAUAAAAACAGGUUCCCCUUCAUGGGAUCAAUCACAUGCAUAAGGAAUAACACAAAACAGGUAGUGUGUGUUUUCAACAGGAUUUACCAAGGAGUCCCUCUGAAAUAGUGAGGAUUGAACAGAGUUGUCCUGGAAGAAUUUUUUUUUUUUUUGUCCACUUAAUUGCUAGUUUUCUAUUUGCACUAUCAGAUUAUUAGAUUAUAAAUGUAAAUUGCACAUCUUGGAUCAUACAUGCCUUAGGUCUGAAUCAAGUAACAGCCUUUGAAAUAAGCUGUUGUGUCAAAAGGAAAAAUAUGUGAACACUAAUCUGAUAGUUAGGAAAAGUGUUCUGAUCAAUGAAAGCAAACACUGAGUUACAGAAAGUUAAAAGAGAGGCCAGAAAAGUCUUUCAGUGUCUGUCCUAUUACAUUUUCUACUGAAGGUAGCAAAAAUAUUCCUACUGACUUUGAGCAGGAGCUCAGAGCUGCACUGAUUAUGAUUCCUUCAUGUGAGAGGGGGAGGAAAAGUAAGGCGGGAACAAGUAUUGAGGUCAAAUCACACAACUUAGUUACAGGCUAACAUAUCUGAAGUUACUGAAUGUAUGUGUACAAUCAUCUUGUUCAUGGUUGCUUGGUUUUGUAACACUUAGUCAUUAAA